AGCCGUAUUUUCUUUGCUAGCCAACAAUAUUUUUUUUUACAAUAAAUCAACAAAUAGUAUUUUCAAUCAUAACUUUUUAGAACAGCGCUGCGUGUAUCGCUGCCCCAGUCGGUCAACGCCGGAGCCGAAUGGCAACAAACGGCCGCGCUGCCGUGCCGUGAUGCUGCUGCGAGCAGCGGCAUCCCAGAUUCCCACCGCUUCUUCCAGCCUGUCGUGUCGUCGUCGUUCCCGCAGCCCAAGCAACCCGCCCCCCUUUGCUCCGCUUGGACACUACACAGCCUCUCGGCCCCACCUGUCAUCCAAAGGUAUCGGCAAAAGGCGGCACGAGCAGUCGAGCACCCCUCCUAACCGUCCUUCUCUCACUGACAUGCUUGGACCUACUAUGCUGUUGUCGUCUUGCACACACGAACACGGAGGACACGUGUCAGCUAGUUAUAGGAUGGCGCACGUCAGAGUUUGUGCGACGGUGUCGCAGGGAUUGCAUCUCAGUUACUGACAGGUGGGUCGACAACAUGUACCCCACCUGCCAUGAGACCGCGUGAUCACCAACCACGCGCAUCGCGUGCUCCACCCCCCACCCCACUGCCACACGGGGUCCACAACAUGUGACCCUACACGUCAUGGACGAAGCACGCGGUUGCCCGAGAAGCGUAGAAUUGUAGGGCUCCUGUUUGUGUAGCAAAAAAAAGGGCCUCCCGAAACGAAAGCGCUUCCCCAGGGGGCACGGGCCAGUCGGGCACGAUUUUUUUUCCCCAUUCCCCUCUCGCUUCGCAAUCGCGUGAUCCAUGGCUUCCUCGUCGAUCCACAUCCACCGUCCCCGGCUCGCCGGCGACGAGAUUCACCGGACCCUGGAGGCCUCCUACUCCCCCAGCGCGUCUUACUGCUCCGACGACGCCUUCGUCCCUGUCUUCCGCCCGGAUCCGUCCGCCCCGUCCGCGUCCGCGUCGGCGGCGGUGGCUGCGGCGGCCGACCGCGUCCGCAGCCUCUUCAGCUCCGUCGACGUCGCCCUGUUCCGCGACGCGCUCUUCGCUCCCGUGUGCGACGGCGACGGCGACCGCGACGGCCUCGGGUUCACGGACGCGGACGCGGAGGCGGCAGAGUACGACGGCGAUCUCACCUCCAUCUGCUGGGAUUGCCUCGAGAUCGAGGACGCCGACGACCCGCUCGUCGCCUCCCCCGCCGCCGAGGAUUUCGAGUGGGAGGAGGUCGUGUCCCCCUCGGGCGCCGCCGGGGAAGCCCCGGAGCCCGAGUGGGAGGUGCUCGCCGACGUGCCCCCGCCGCCCGCCACCGCUGCCGACGCCGAGGACGGGUUUGUGUACACCUCCCACCACAGGGAGGAGGCGGCGGCGUACGAGGUGCUCGUGGCAGGCGGGGAGGGGAUGUUCCUCAAGAACAAGCCCCCGGCCGCCAGAUCCGCCGUUGAGGCGCUCCCGUCCGCCGUCGUCGCGGCUGGCCAGGAAGGGGAGGGAGACGAGUGCGCGGUGUGCAAGGAUGGAGUCGCCGCCGGCCAGCGCGUCAAGAGGCUGCCGUGCUCGCACCGCUACCACGACGACUGCAUCGUGCCGUGGCUCCAGGUGCGCAACUCGUGCCCGCUCUGCCGCUUCGAGCUGCCCACCGACGACCCGGAGUACGAGUCCUGGAAAGCCGGCCGAGCCGUGGCCCGGUGAAUCAUCCAACCAGGCGGUGGACGCAUGCCCUUCUGGUAUGGUUUUAUAGAGUUGUAUGUAUGGGUUGGUUUUGAAUCGGAUGCUUUGGUUACAUUAUACAAGGUUGUUACUCAGCUGUAUCAAAGGCAAAGUAUAGUGGUAGAUGCAGAGAUGGUUUUGUGCGACUUGAUCGGUUUUCUUUUCUCCUGAAAGAGGGACUUAUGUUUGUCCAAAUGACAGAGGUUGACAUACACUAGUUGGUACUACAUACAUACUGUUGUAUUUAUUCUAAAAAUUCAGAGAGGUUAGCUGAAUAUCUUGAUGCAAUGGAAUGAUUUACUUGUUCCAUAUUUAGAGA